UACAUAAUCCACAAUCUUCGCAUUCCGUUUAUUGAAUGAUCUACUCGUCACCUGCGCUGCACCUCUUCGUUAGCUCGCAAUCCUGUAAUUAAUCUUCUGUGAAUUGCGGAAAUAUCAGCUGGAAGUUUGGGAAUCGUUUAUGAUGGUGUCUGCUGGUGUGGUUGCUUUGGCAGCCAGCGCAUCAAUUCUGUCCGUGUGUCUGGCAGCCUUUAUCCUCGCCGUUGUGUUUCUGCACUAUCAGCAUCACAAGUACCGUCAUAUUCCAGGGCCAAAAAGAAGAAGCUUUUUCUUGGGAAAUAUUCAAGAUUUCAAGGACCGUGUAGCUGAAGGCGGACUGUUUGAGGAUGUCGUCAAGGACUGGAGUGAUGAGAUUGGGCCAGUUUGCAUCGUUUGGUUCUUUCACCGAUGUAUGGUCUACUUCCAUGACACUCGGGCCAUUAAGGAAAUCCUGGUGUCCGGGAGUCUCCGGUUCCCUAAAGGCUGGACCUAUGACGGCAUCGCUACCAUCUUUGGAGCUCGUUUCCUGGGCCGAGGUCUGGUGACUGAGAGGAACCAUGCACUAUGGCUCAGGAGACGGGAAAUUUUCAACCCAGCCUUCAACCGCAGCUACCUGAAGACUUGUAUCAAUCAGUUCAAUGCUAGCUCGGAUUUACUGGUGGCCUACCUGAAGUCCAAGGCCGAUGGCAAGACAGCUGUGGCACUCCUACAUGAGCUGAACAAAGCUACCAUAGAUAUCAUAGCUAAGGUUGCUUUCGGUUCCGAUUUCCACCAGUUUGAUUCUGAGAAGGUCACCUCGUUCAAUGAGGAAUUCGACACGGCCCUGAACGGGAUGAAAACACAGUUUGAGAAGCCGUGGCACAAGCUCAACCCGUCGAGAUCAGCGCGGGAAUACCGCAGCAAGGUACGCAAGGCCAUCGGCAAGUUGAGAGAGACCGGCAAGGUGAUCAUUGAGAAGCAGAUGAACGCUCUAGGCCGAGGGGAGCAACUGAGCAACAACAUCUUGUCCUUCAUCCUUCAAGCCUGCCAGCUUUCCACCUCGGGAGGGCUGGAUAUGGAAGAGAUGGUGGAUGAAUUCACCACCUUCUUUCUGGCUGGCAAUGAGACAACUGCCAAUCUCUUGGCCUCUACCAUGUUAGAACUUGGUCAACAUCCAGAGGUCAUGUACAGACUGAAGACAGAGGUAGAUGCUGUUGUUUCUGAUAAAGAAUUCAUCCCAUAUGAGGAUCUGUCCAAGUUGGAAUACAUGGUGGCGGUCCUGAAGGAGACACUGCGGAUUCACCCCCCAGCUGCUGGUACGGUCAGAACCUCCAUAGCAGACACGGUGAUAGACGGCGUCAAGAUACCCGCUGGCACUACACUGGGUGUAUCCUUUCAUGCUGUGGGCCGAAGCGAGAGAUACUGGAAGAAUGCCCUGCAGUUUUCUCCGGACCGUUUCCUUCAUGGGGAUGAAAGUUCUACAGGUGCUUUCAUGCCGUUUUCAAUUGGCCCCAGGAACUGCAUUGGCCAACAGUUUGCAUUGAUCGAAGCUCGUGUGCUGUUAGCCAAACUCCUGCAGGCUUUCAACUUCAGUCUGGUUCCAGGACAAGACUUGGGAUUCAUUGUGGAAACCACCAUGAAACCGAAGGACGGAUGCCAGGUCUUGAUAACACCAGUUGAGGGCGGUAUUCAACAUCCAACCAGCAGCCAGUAAUCACGGAAACACCAAAAACCUCUCAUUGGACAUCAUGUGGGCAAUAAUAUAAGAUCGGAUGGCUUUGAGGGAAUAUACAGGAAUACAUUGCAUGAGCUGUUACAGUAUAGCACUCGUCUGUGCUUUGUGUAAUAUUGUUAUAGCGAGUGCAAUAUAUUCUUGUAUUCCCCCUUCCCCCC